AUGACUAAAUCUUCACCUUUAUUAUCUGAGAAAGAAUACUUGCUAAAAGACUCUCCAGAAUUCUCAAGCAAAACUAGACUUUUCCUACAGAGCAUCAAAGAUCUGUCUUCAUCACCUAGAGAUCUCUGGCUUUUAUUAAUUGCUUAUACUUUUGGAUACACAGGAUAUGCGAUGGUAACUAUAUGUGGCCCAAUUUACGCAACUGAGGUAAAGGGGCUGGAUGACACCUUAGCUGGGAUUAUUAUGGCUUCUUUAGGAAUUUCAACAGUCAUUUAUGCAUUAAUUUUAGGACAUAUGCCAGAUCGAUAUGGCGUAAAAAAGUCAAUCAUUACGGCAUAUAUGGUAGGAUUAAUUGGAUUUGUGAUAAUAAUUUUUUCAAAUGAUAUAGCUAUACAAGUAACUGCAAUUGUUCUUUGUAUAACAGCAAGCACCGCAUUAAGUGUGCCCUCGGCCAAGCUAGGAAUAAAGCGAUAUACAACAGAAUCAGCAAGAAGCAUGGCUUAUUCUCUAUUUUACUUAAUAGUUUUCGGAGCUUCUGCUAUUGGCGGAGUUUUGGUGGAUUUUAUUAUAAGUUUAGGAAAAGUGGAUGAAAAUUCUUUUUGGUAUAUUUUAUUUACUGGAGGAAUUUGUAUGAGUGUGGCCACAGGGCUUUGCUUUUUAUUAAGAGAAAUUGAGUAUAACUCUGCAGGGGAAAGAGUUUUAGAAGUAAAUCAAGAGCAUUUAUCGGCUUGGGAGCAUACCAGAGGAAUUUUUGUAUUAAAAUCUUUUUGGAGAUUUACUGGCUUGACUAUGCUUAUAGUCAUAGUGAGAGCUAUUUAUUUACAUUUAGAAAUAAAUUUAUCAAUUUAUAUGUACCGAGACAUUGAGCAAGGAGCUCAUUUUGGGUAUAUGCUAGCUUUGCAUCAGCUUAUCAUGAUAAUUUUCGCCCCAAUUAUGACAUUUUUGAUUUAUUAUUUCAGCCAUUACACCUUAUUGAUAUUAGGAGGAUUUCUCUCUGCAGUCUCCCCAUUGGUGUUUAUUUUUGACUCAAGCUAUGUUACAGUAUUUUUAUUUGUAUUUAUUGCAUCUGUUGCUGAAAGCAUUUUUGCGCCAAGACUGAUUGAUUAUACAUUACAGAUUGCUCCAAAAGGCAAAGAAGGCGUAUUCUUAGCAGUCGCAGCGUCUCCAUUGCCACUUAGCUUAAUUAUUUCUGGAUUGAUGGGAGGAAUUUUGUUGUCAGAAUAUUGUCCAAGUGAAGGAGAAAGGCAUUGCUGGAAAAUGUGGGCAAUUAUAUCAGGCCUAACACUUUUUGCUGUAUUUUUGAUGAUUACUUUGAGGAGUAUGCUGGAGCAGCCGAAAAUUGAAGAGCAGCCUUAUAUACAUUGCUCAAGGGAAGCUAAAAAAUUAGAAGAAUUAUAG